CUGGUAUUACAAAAGCGAUGCUCAUUCAUCGUUUUUUCGGGGUUUAGCACGUGGAUUUCGAUGGGCCAGCACGUUCCUUCCCCAUAUGGAGACGUUAGCCAACACCAACAAUCUUAACGGCGUCGGCCUCUCGCGCCAGAAGGGGUUUUGAGGUAUAUCUAUCGGACGUUUCUCUCGGCCCUACAAGGAGAUAUAUAGAUGACGCAGGAACUGCAUUUCAUACCACAUUUUCAUAGAUUCACUUCAAUCUAUCUCAUCAUCACUCACUCUAACACGUCAUCGUACAAGUUUCACAACCUGUGCUAAAUAGCGAAGACACCGUCCCAGCGACCUGUAACCUGUCUGCACCAAAGAGUGUCGUUUCACGGUACCCAUCUGCAACCAAGUCGUGCAACAAUGUCAAGUGGUCCAUAUCGCCCAACAAACUGGGCCCUCGGCGGCGCAAAUGUGAAGCACGUCGACAUACCGAUCACCGCCGUCUUCCUCGUCCUCUUCAUCCUCGGCGCCGCUACGCACAUGACAAUAUUCCAAUUGAACCGUCGCCGCGGCCACAAGUUCAUCUUCUCGGUACUUCUCUUUGGCUUCUGCAUGUCGCGCAUCGCAACCACCACGCUGCGCAUCGCCUCGACAUCGCUUCCCACCAACCUUAACCUCUCCAUCGCAGCCUCGAUCUUCGUCGCCGCGGGCGUGCUGCUCAUAUUCAUCGUAAACCUCCUAUUCACGCAGAGGGUGGUGCGCGCGAUGCAUCCGACAUGGGGCUGGCAUAAAGGGUUCAAGAUCUUCCUGGUGUCGAACUACGUACUUAUAGUCUUGUCCUUGGUCAUGGUCAUUACUGCGACAGUGCAGAGCUUUUUCACCUUGAGCACGAACACGCGUCGCAUAGACCGCGACAUCCAGAUGUACGGCCAGUCGUUCUUCAUGCUCUUCAGCUUCUACCCGAUCCCACUGCUCACGAUAGCAUUGCUGCUGCCGCGCAAACAGCGCACGGACAAAUUUGGCUCAGGACGCUUCCGGACGAAGAUCGCGAUUCUGUACGCGAGUUCGAUAUUGGCAUGCCUGGGCGCGAGCUAUCGAGCUGCAACGAGUUAUUUGACACCGGUGAGCCAGAGAGAGCCGUUGCCAGACUAUUUCCACAAGGUAGCAUUCUAUCUGGUUAACUUUGGGAUCGAGAUUAUAAUUGUGUAUAUGUUCGCGAUUCUACGGAUCGAUUUGCGUUUCCACGUGCCGAAUGGUGCAAGGGGUUCAUACGCGGUAAAGACUGAGGAGGAGACCUUCGGGGAUACAGCGCAGGAAGAGUCCAAGGAUCCUAUUAUGAACGAUGCGAAUGCAAUGGACCACGCGCAAUUGGUGUAGAGCAGUGAUUGGAUUUAGCGAGUUAUUGAAUAUGAGCGAAGGCGUUCAGGAGUUUGACCGAAAGCUACAUCUUAAGUCAUAGACUUUGUAAUUCCUCUUUAGGAGACAUAAUAGAUCAUUCUUUCCUAUAAUAUCGUGUCUUGCUUUCCCAGCUUGGCCAGCGCUAUC